UGCCUCAAAUCAAGAUAUGCGGCCAACGCAUGCACCACUCACUGUGUAUGUCACUUUCCUGGGAAUCGAUAAGAAUGUCCUUUAUUAUUAAAGCUUAAAGAUCCCUCUUUUCUAUUCCAUAUUCCAUUCUCCAAUUGACAUUCUACAAUUAAUUCAGAGACUGACUACAAGUCAAGUUGACUUUUCGACGUGUUUACUUACAGUCCAUACACCCAUCUCUCCUCAAACGCCUUCAAAUACUUCUCAAUCAAUAAUAUCAGAGACACCAUAAACACUACACAUUUCAAUACCAACCUCACAAUCUCUCAAAAUGGGGGCGACCGGUUUCCUUCAUCAUAUUGGUACAUUCCUACUCUUCGCAUCCGCUAUCCUCCUCCUCAUAACAACCAUCUCCGCACCUGUUCUCAAUGAUAUCGGAAUCAUGAAAGUCAAAUUGACCAAUGGAACUGCAUCACACCAUUCCGUGGUCUCAUUUGGUACAUUCGGAUACUGUGUUUUAGAUGUCGAUUCGUAAGUUCUUUCUAUCUUUUUCUCAUUUAAUUAUUCUUCCACCUCUCAUCUACUCGCUGGUGCGAGAUAAUAUAACACUUUGAACAUGAACAAAGUUGAAUAAAUUAUACUAACAAAUCAAUAGAGACGGUAAUGAUUACUGCACCAAAAAACACAUCGGCUACAACCCCGCUUCCAUAAUGUCCCAUAUCGAAUCCACCCAUUUCAGCCACGCCUCCGAAGAUACAUCGAAAGCCCUAACCCGGGUAAUGAUACUCCACCCCAUCGCCUGCGGCGUAAUGUUUAUCGCUUUCCUCCUCGCCCUCGGCGCUGGAUUCAUCGGUUCAUUCCUCGCUGCGCUCGUCUCAGGCGUCGCAUUCAUCAUCUCAGUGGUAGCCAUGGCAUGCGAUUUCGUACUAUUCGGAAUCAUCAAAAAUCAUGUGAAUGGCGAUAAAAGCGGUAGUCAUGCGUAUUUUAGCGUGGGGAUCUGGUGUAUUUUGGCGGCGAUGAUUGCGGGAUUUUUGGGCGCAAUAGUGGUGUUUGUUACGUGUUUGAGUAAGAGGAUGCAUAAUAAGAGGAGUAGAGCUGUGGAGGAGAAGGGUUAUGUUGGGGGUGUGAGGCCUGCUAAGAGACAUUUUUGGCAGAGGCGCGGUUGAUACUAGGGUUUUCUAGUUCUGGUGUGUGAGGAUGGGGAUGGAGUGGAUGGAUGUUGAGUUUGUUGGUGAAGGUGGGAUGAGAUGAGAGCGAGGAAGAAAACUUAUGAUGACACGACCGCAACGAUAUUUCCUUUCAUUCUUUGUACCUUUUUUCGAGCGAGAGAUACCAACUAUACUACACAGUACCGCAGAGGACGCUCUAAUGUAUUCUAGUCUAUAUUCUACAUACCUACCUAUACCUACGUACUUUUCAUAAUAGCGAUAUUGAUCGCGAUAAUAAUAAAUUGUUUAUACAAAUAUAAAUAAGAAAUCUGACAUUGACGUUGUAUCGAUCUCGUGUUUUGAUUAUUUAUUUAAACAUAAUGGUUUUAUUAC